AUUAUCAGCCGCUUUGGCUACUAUUUUUCCUUCAAAAAAACACCCACAAAUAAUGGAUUUUAAUCUAUAAGCUUCUUGAAAAUCUUUGCUCUUUAUAUCUAUCUAUAUAGAACUUUAAAAAAAAAAAAAAAAAAAGAGUGGUAAAAAAGAUGGCAACCCUUAACCCAUUUGACCUAUUGGAUGAUGAUGCUGAAGACCCAAGUUUAUUUAUUGCUGCCCAACAGGCAAAACAGGCAGCUCUUGCUGCCUCUGCACCACCCAAGAAAGGUCCAGUUCAGCCUCCUGCUAAGUUGCCUUCAAAGCCAGCUCCUCCUGCCCAGCCUGUGAGGGAAGCCAGGAGUGAUGGCCAGCGAGGAGGAGGCCGCGGGGGUCCACGUGGUGGAGCCCGCGGAGGAGGGCGUGGUCGUGGACGUGGGUUUAACCAAGAAUUUGCUGAUGAAGAGAAUACGUUUGGCAGCAACAGUGGAUUCUCUGGGCGGUCCAGAGCUCCAGAAGAUGGAGAGUCAGGAAAGGUCUCUGAUAGGAGAGGUGGAUAUGGUGGACCCCGUGGGGGGUUCCGUGGAGGUCGUCGUGGUGGUUUCAAUAACGGGGAUUCUGCAGAAGGAGAAGGAGAACGGCCACGGAGAGUGUUUGAUCGAAGAAGUGGAACUGGCCGUGGGAAUGAGUUUGUUAAACGAGAGGGUUCCGGUCGUGGGAAUUGGGGAACUCCUGAAGAUGAUAUUGCACCGGAGACUGAAGAGCCUGUUGUUGAUGGCGAGAAGAUUGUUGAGGCUGAGAAACAAGCUGGACAGGAAGAUGCUGGAGACACCAAUAAGGAUUCUGCUGUUGCUGAGCCAGAAGAGAAGGAACCUGAGGAGAAGGAGAUGACCCUAGAGGAGUAUGAGAAGGUAAUGGAAGAGAAGAGGAAGGCUUUGUUGGCUCUAAAGCAAGAGGAGAGAAAGGUUAAUUUGGACAAAGAACUUGAAUCCAUGCAGCUUCUCUCAAACAAGAAGAAGAAUGAUGAUGAGAUCUUCAUCAAAUUGGGUUCUGAUAAAGAUAAGAGAAAAGAGGCAGUGGAGAAAACCAAAAAGUCUCAAAGCAUAAACGAGUUUCUGAAGCCUGCUGAAGGAGAAAGUUACUACCGACCUGGUGGUCGUGGUAGGGGACGUGGCCGUGGAAGAGGCAGUUUUGGUGGUGGUGAUGGUAGAAACUACAGUGUUUCCGCCCCAUCCAUUGAAGAUGUUGGCCAAUUCCCCUCCUUGGCUGCCAAGUGAGGGAGUAAUUCUUGCUGUCUGAGCCGUGUUCCCUUUUCCGUCAUUUAUGAUAUUUGGGCUUUUUGAUGAUAGCAGAAUAUUUCCCGUAACCUUUGGGCAUUCCUGUAUUAGAUUUGUUUUGAAAAACUUUAUCAUUGUUCUUUAGAGUGUAAAUUUAGAUGUUUUUGGUGAAGGUGUAAUGCCCUUGGGUUUUUGUUGACCUUUUUUACAUGCAUGAAAACCCUUACCUUCA